CGAUUAUGUUAAUGUAGCUCAUACAGUGGUUAAAAGUGCUAGUGUUUUAUGGAUCUGUAGGUGGCAGACAGCCUUAUCCGAGUGAAAAACGUAGUCUGGAGUGGCUGAGUAAAGAGCAUGUGAUGCAUGUGAUACGUGUUUGUGUGUGUGCUCUCAUGCAGUAGGUUGAUAGAGAUUUAUUUUUAUUGUGCAUGGAAGUUUAUGGUGCGGCGAGGUUAUCCCAUCUCAAGGCCUGGGUAUGACACCUGUCUGGUGAGGAUUUGCAGUCAUAUUUACAUAUUACCAAUACAGGAGAAACUGUUAGCUAGAGUUGAACCUAGGUAAUGGGCAUGCCAAGUUUCUGAUCUUUACUAGCUAAGCCAAUCCGCAUGGACUAGGUUGAAAGAGAUUUGAUAUCAUACAGCAACAAAAAGUCAUGUCAUGUGACAAACUAAUAAUCUGAAAUCUGAAAUGUGCAUCCUUUUCCCUUUUUGUCCCCUUAUCUUCUUUUAGUUCUACAGUGACAAAAAAAAAAAAAAAAAUUCAUAUUUGCUAGCUUUGUUGGGUUUGGCUCUUGAUGUCUGUCUGUCUGUUUGAGUUGUGAUCAGUGCAGUGACCUGAGAAUUGCCUGGGUAUAUUGCAGAUACCCUUGUAUGGGUUUGUUGAAUGAAAUUGAGCUUACCAUGUUGUUGAAAAAGAAAAAAAAAAACAAAAUUGUUGUGUACUCAUUUAGAUGUUCACAACUCCUUAAUGAUCUCUUAUGUGAAGCUUUGAAAAGAGAAAAUAAAGUGAAAUUGUUUUU